AUUUCAUACAACACGAGUCGGUUGCCUCCGAGCUGUCGGCGUUCUACUGUCGAGCACUCGAAAACUUCACUUCGAUUCCGCAACAGAAUUGGCUAAAAUAAAACCAAAAAAAACUAAAUAAAUAAAUAAUAAAGUAACUGGAGAAAAGAAGUUUCGCGAUUAGGCGGAAAUUAGUCGAGCAAAUAGUUAUUCAAGUGCGAGUGAAAAGUGGCUGGAAUUCGUCAAAUCAAUUCGAUUGAGUGGCCAAAAUGAUUGAGCGGCGCAGUCAGCUGGAUAAGAUAAUCAUCACCGCCAUGGACCGCUUCGUCUGGUUCGUCCUACUCGUGGUCAUGUCCCACCUGGUCACCGAGUUCACCCGCGUCUCUGGAUAUGCGCGUGGCCAGCGCCACGAGCUGGUGCUGCUGAAUGAUACGCUGCUGCAGCCCAUGCCCGUGCAGAACAUGGUGCUGUACCCCAGCCAGGAGUACGGCCAGUACCAGCAGCGACCCUCCUCCUCCGCCUCCGCCUCCGCCUCCGCCUCCGCCUCCUCCUCCAUGGGAGCCAUGAGCAGCCUGCAGCAGAACGCGGCAUUUUUGCUCAGCAGCUUGGCGGCGGGAGUGAGUCCGACAAAUGGAGCAGCUGCACCCGGCAGCAACGCGGCCAUUUUGUCCCUCGGCGAUAGCCAACCGGCUCACACGGCCGAGAGCACGUAUCCCAUGUUCAGCUUGCGUCCGCUGAUCGACAGCAUUUUCGAGAUUCCAAUUUCGACGCUGCGUGCUGUUAACAACCUGGUGGGUCGCCUGACCGGCGGGUAUCGCCAGGCGCCGGCGGAAGUGUCGCAAAAAUCCGUGGCAGCUGGAACGGCGCUGCCGCCCGGCAGGCAAAACCCCACGCUGAGUGCCCAUCCCAGUGGGCAACGGAUGCGCGAGGAGAUGGCGUAAUCUUGGGCCGCAUUUUAGCUAGUAGUUGUGCGUGAAUGUUGUAAUUUCUGUCAGUGUAUGUGCAUUUUGACCCUUGUGAUAUAUGUAUGUGACUUUGCUGUAAGCCUAGACUAAGGAUAUUUAUGUCCAGCCACAAGAAAAUUCCAAAAAAAUAUUAGAAUGUAGAAUAAAUGUUAUGUGUAAAAUCG